CCGGUUGAGCGAAGGGAAUAUAACAGACAUCUGAAUAUUCUACCAGCACUUCUGGCUGUUCUGGUGCUUAUUUUGAGCCCUGUACAUAACUAAUAUGAAUAUGAAACGGUUAUGAUUCUCAAACGGAAGAGGGCGGUAAUGCUGCGUCUACGCCGUCAAAAAGGAAGAGAAAAAGAAAAGAGGGCGACCCCGUCAUCGCACUAGAAGAAGAGCCAAUUUUGGAGCAAACAUGGCUUCGCCUGCCGGUUGUGAGCAUUAUGUGCGCAGCUGCUUAUUGAAAGCACCCUGCUGUGGUAAACUGUAUGUGUGUCGGCUGUGCCACGAUGCGGAGGAGAACCACCAGAUGGAUCGAUUCAAAGUCCGAGAGGUGCAGUGCUCCGAGUGUCAAACAGUGCAACAGGCGAAGCAGACUUGCCAGCAGUGUCAUGUGCAGUUUGGGGAGUAUUACUGUGACAUUUGCCACUUGUUUGACAAGGAUAAGAAGCAGUACCACUGUCUGCCCUGUGGAAUAUGCAGGAUUGGGCCCAGGGGGAAUUAUUUCCAUUGUGAAAAGUGCAAUCUGUGUCUAGCCCAGGAUCUGCGGGGAAACCACAAGUGUGUUGAAAAUGUUUCGAGGCAGAACUGCCCAGUGUGUAUGGAGGAUAUUCACACGUCCAGAAUUGGAGCUCACGUUCUUCCAUGCGGCCAUCUUUUACACAAGACCUGCUUCGAUGACAUGGUCAGAACAGGAGCGUAUCGCUGCCCCCUGUGUAUGCACUCUGCCUGGAACAUGGAGGACCACUGGGAUCAAAUCGACAAAGACAUUGCCCAGUCACCGAUGCCCACUGAAUACCAGGGUGCUACUGUCAAAAUUAUAUGUAACGACUGCCAAGCCCAUUGCACGGUGCCUUUCCAUGUACUGGGGAUGAAGUGCAGCAGCUGUGGCUCGUACAACACAGCACAGGACGGAGGACUGAUCCAGCAGCCUGAGCAACAGCAGCCUGAGCAACAGCAGCCUGAGCAACAGCAGCCUGAGCAACAGCAGCCUGAGCAACAACAGCCUGAGCAACAACAGCCUGAGCAACAACAGCCUGAGCAACAACAGCCUGAGCAACAACAGCCUGAGCAACAGCAGCAGCCAGAGCAGGACGCGGAGAGCGAGGCAGAAACAGACACAGAGCCAGAGCAGCAAGAUCCGCCUCAGUCACCCACGCCACAUUAA